AUGGAAUAUAGUUCUCAAUUAAUGUUUGAUGUUAUAGUAAUUUUACUCUCCCAAACUAUAUUUUUCAUGUGUGGGUGGGUAUAUUUUGUUAAACAAUUGUUUAAGAAUUAUGAAGUACAUCAUAAAACAAUCCAACUUAUAUUUUCUAUUACAUUUUGUCUAUCAUGUACAAUGUUUGAAUUGAUUAUAUUUGAAAUUAUUGAUGUUUUAGUUCCUACUUCACGUUACAUUUUUUGGAAUCUAAUUCUUUAUAAGAUGUUAUUUAUGGUUGUUGUUCUUAUACCAUAUUACUUAUGUUACUUUACUUUGAGUAAUAUGUAUCCAUUUUUUCAAAGGAAGGUUGGAAUUGUAGCAUUUAUAAUUUGGGUUCUAUACUUAAUUUUGUUUUGGAAAAUUGGAGAUCCUUUUCCAAUGUUACCCCAAGAAAAAGAGGGUCAUUUAUUUAUUGAAAACUGUAUUAGUAGAAUUGGCGUUAUUGGAGUUACAGUUAUGGCACUAUUGUCUGGUUUUGGUGCAGUUAACUAUCCAUAUACAUCAAUGGCUUAUUUUAUAAAAGCUGUAACAGAAAAUGAUGUGAUGAAUUUAGAAAAACAGUCGUUACAAACAAUGGAUGUUAUUGUAGCGAAGAAAAAAAAAAUUUUACUUGCUGAAACUAAUGCUGGAAUUAGUACUUCAUUUGGUUUUAUGGACAUUUUUAAAAGAGCCAAAUCAAACAUAUCCAGUGAUCUUAAAGCUCUUAAAAGUGAUGUAAAAGCAUUAGAAGAACUUAGUAGACAUUUAUUUUUAGAUAUUCAUGAUUUACAUAAUACUUUAGAACGCAGUGCCUGGGCUAAAACUUGGAAAGGGAAAUAUUUUAAUUUUCUAGGUUAUUUCUUUUCAAUAUAUUGUGUAUGGAAAAUAAUUAUAUCAACACUAAAUAUUAUGUUACAAAGAGUUGGGAAAAAAGACCCAGUUACAAGAGGAAUGGAAAUUUUGAUAGAAUGGGUUGGUAUUGAUAUGGAUGUGUCAUUUUGGUCACAAUAUAUUUCAUUUUUACUUGUCGGCUGUAUUGCAUUCACAUCAAUUAGAGGUUUAUUACUAACAUUAACUAAAUUUUUUUAUGCACUUUCAAGCAGUAAAUCGUCAAAUAUUAUAGUACUAAUUUUUGCUCAAUUAAUGGGUAUGUAUUUUGUUUCUUCUGUGUUAUUAAUGCGUAUGAAUAUGCCUGCUGAGUAUAGAGCAAUUAUAACUGAAGUACUUGGAGAUUUACAAUUUAGUUUUUACCAUAGAUGGUUUGAUGUUAUAUUUUUAGUAAGUGCUGUAUCAUCGAUAAUGUUUCUUACAUUUGCUCACAAACAAAGUAAAGUAGAUCCCUCACACAUUCUAUAACUAAAAUGUUUGUAAAUAAAAAUAUGUGAUUGUAAUUUAAAAUAUUAUGCAUAAAUAAUUGUUUUACUAUACAUUUAUUGGAAAAAUGUCUUGGUUGUAAAAUAUACGAUUAUAAAUCACAUUAGUAAUGUUCUUUUAUCAUUAUUGAGUUGAAAGAUAGUGAUGUAUUGGAUAUAAUGAUUUCCUAAUUGAUAGUUCAUGUUUAUUUUACUCAAGUUUAUAAAAAAAUAGUAUUUUUUCAUACUGCUUAACGGAGCCAUUACAAUUAUAGAAAUAAUUUACAUUUUUUAAUAUGUAUGGUGGUUAUUACUAGUGUAAAACUAAAUUUUGAUAAAUCCGUUUCAUCCAGAUUCCAAUCUGAGUACAAUCUGGAUCAUAAUUAUUAACUUACAUUUUAAUUAUUGUAUCUUUUAUAAUUUUAAUAAUAAAAACAAAUUAAGAAAU